AUGAAUAAUGGAAUGGGCUUUACCGUGUUUCAAGUACCAGGUGCCAAGACAAUUAAAAGCACAAGUACUGCACGAUUAGGUGGUGGUCCUGUACUUUCAACUGUUAGUAGUUCGUAUCACAUUGGAGAACCGUACAUGUCUUCUCCACACGCUAGUAGUGCGUCUAUAGGAAGUAAUGGCUCUGGUUCACUGCUUUGUACGCAGCAACGUGGUGAACGCAAUAGUGCGACAACAUUUGCAGCGUUUCAACCUCCAGGAAAUGUCCAGUCUGUCUCUUCGCAGAGUUUAGGCAUUACGUUGUCUUUGAGCUCACCGUACGCUGGGACCUCUGGCAGCAUUAGCAAUCGCAGUUUUACUGGUAGUAACUCUGUCACGACGGACGUAGGAGCGAAUCUUAACAGGACUAAAGCAGACGACGAGCAACAGAUACGGGGAGGUGUUAAUUGGAUGAGAACAGGUCGAACCAUUCGUGUCAAGGACUCGGGGGACAGUUUUAGGUUCCCAUUAGACGACGAGCAUUUGCCUAUUACUAAUGUAACAACUGAGCAUUUUGAAGCACUCAAGAUAAAGCUACAGAACAUUGCUGAGACGCACGUAAAUUCACCUGCCACGUGGCUGGACAAUCCUAGCUUGAGUCCCCAGUAUCGCAAUCAGAGUUGGAAACCGCACUUGGAUAAAAAGAACUGCAUCAUUUACCGUCAGAAGGAAGCGGCAGAUGCGAGUAAUUUGCAGAGGAAGGCCAUGCUGCGUGCGAAGCUGGACACGUCGCUCGAGGAGAUUGUGUAUGCUGUCAGCAAUGCGACAACCGAGGACCAGCGUGCCUAUAUGUCUCACUGCUAUCAGGAGGGCUUUCUGGAUUCGGCCGUGCUACAGGUGCACGAAAAGCCAGUGAAUGAAGACUUGUUUUGUUUCUUGGGCGUCAAGUGGCUUGCUUUUCAGAGCUCAGUAGAUUCAGUAUUCAGUUGCCGUGAUAUGCUGGUUGUAGAGUUCUCAAAGACAAUGGAAGACGCUAAGGGACAAAAGGUGCUUGUGAAGGUGCAGCAGAGCAUCGGCUUGACAGAUUGCGAUGGCACCGAACGCAACUUUGGAUUUUCGCGCACAACUGGAACAUGGGUGUGGUUGUUUCGCAGUAUGGGUACAUCUACUGGCAAAGUGGAUGUGUCGGUAAUUUCGGAAGACCGCUUCGAUAGUAACCGCAACACUCCGAGUUGGUUUGCGAACCGAGUGGUGUCGACACUUUACCCGGUGGUAACUCGCCAUGCGACGGCUGCGGAUGCCAAGUUUUUGGUGCGAAGUCGUUUGAUUACCGACAAAGCAUGGGUGCCUAAUAACGAACGUCCUGCGUGUUCGGUUUGCUUCAAGAGUUUCAACCUGUUGCGAUCACGUCAUCACUGUCGCGUAUGCGCUGAAAUCAUGUGCACGGCUUGCACUAUCGAGCUUGGCAUUCUGGCUAGCAAACUUCCACCUGGCAUGCUUCCAGAGACUGGCAACAGUUUUAUCGUCAGCGUAGAAAAGUUUUGCCUCAAGUGUAUAAAUAAGGCCAGACAGGAGCGCCGUAGUGCGCUUGCAGCAACGAGUGCAGGGAUUGCGCUCUGCUCAGACGAAGCUUACGAUAGCAAUAUGCCUUUGUCAUAUGCUUCUCGUGCUAGUGAAGUGUUUGAUAGCCAGUUAUUGCCCACUCGAGGAUCGGUUUCAGACCACUUGGCCGACAGAGAGCCGAGUUUUCAGCAAAACUACUCGUUGGCGUCUUCGUCUUCGUCAACAAGCUCACUAGGAGCGAACGGAACAAGUGGUGACAAGACGGGCAUCUCGUACGCAGGUUGGUCAACCAAGGUUCUUUCUGCUAUCAACCGAGAGAAGCCAACAAGCGGUAAAAAAGAGCAACCUCUUGUCUCACGUACACCUGGUAGUCGCAGCGGCAAGAAUGGUGAUUUUAGUGCCGGCAUGCCUCGCAUCGUGCGCCAAACAUCGGGCGAUCGGCGAAGGCGCGGCUCGGAUGCGUCUGGUGGUUCUACAAGCAUUAGUUCACAUGGUGAUCGUGGCAGCAGCCUCGCAUCAACCAUGAAGAACCGCAGGCCUGACCGUGAUCCAAUUACGGGUGACGCUAUUAUGUUAUUGGAGGAACCUAGUGGGGAGGUACAGAACAUUAAGCCGCUGCCGACGUCAUUUACUAAAAUGGAGGAGCAAAUCGCGGCUCAGCAGGCAUUGUUGCGCUCGAUGUUUAUUGAAGGCAAGAAGAUGAUGGAGCAGCAGCAAAGUACUUACGGUGGACAGAUCCAUCCCGCGCAACAACAGCGUUACAUUAGCCAGAUGCAGCCACCAGAAAGUGUGGAUGUCAAGGGCACACUCGCUCUGCCGGCGUCUUCGGCUUCUAUCGAGUACAUUGAUUGA